AUGACCUGCACCUGUUCCUACAGCUCACUGCCAAGGAAGAUAUCUCACGCCCUAGGCCAUGCCCUAGGCCAUGCCACUGCCCCUGACUCGUCUGCUGACAGCACUCUGCGUUCCCAGUGGCAGACCCGUGAUGCGCACGCUCGCUUUGCUAUUCGCAACUCCCUGCCGCUAGACGAGCGCGAGCACUUCGGCCAGUGCAAGACUGCUAAGGACCUCUACACUGCUGUAGUUGCCCGCUACUCCUCACCCGCUUCUGCCACGCUAGGCCGCCUCACUCUCCCCUACCUGUUCCCCGACCUAGCCUCCUUUCACACUGUCGCAGACCUCAUCACCCACCUUAAGACUAGUGAGGCCCGCUUUCGCGCUGCUAUGCCUGCCGAGUUUCUCACUAGCAACCCCCCCACGCUCUGGAUCACUCUCUACCACAUCGUCACCCGCCUCCCUGACUCUCUGCGCGCAGUCAGGGACCACUUCCUCUCUCGCUCCCCCACUGAGCUCACUGUUGCCCUCCUCGAGAAGGAACUGCUUGCAGCUGAGGCGAGCAUCGUCGCUGUAGGCACCUCUCGUGGCGACCCCCGCACCCCGUUCUUUGAGGGGUGUUCCCCUUCCCCCUCCUCCCCUCUGUCGCCUCUGCUGCUGCUGUCGACCUUCUUGGUGCUGAGAAGGUCGGGACCGCGUCUGCUUCGAGCGGGCGCCGCAGGAACAAGGGGGGCAGGGGUGGGGGUGGCGGCGGAGGAGGUGGGGGUGGAGGCGGUGGAAGUGGAGGCGCGGCUGGGGAGACUAGUGGCGGCAGUGGGGGAGGAGACAGCAGCGGUGGGAGUGGUGGUGGAGGCGGCAGCGGAGGCGGAGGUGGUCGUGGCGGCGGCAGGGGUGGAGGUGGCCGGGGCGGCGGCGGUGGGGGUGGUGGUCGUGGAGGCACUGGCGGAGGGCAGAGUCAGCAGCCCGCCCCGACGCUUCAGGCCGCCCGUGAGUGGUAUGCGCAGCGUAGCUUUACCUGCACACUUUGAUGCUAUUCUCACUGCCAUGUAUGCGAUGUCUAUUAGUGGAGAGGGUACUCAGUACUUGUGUGUUCCGCCCGACCCGGGCAUUCAGGCCAGUCCGGCUGCCGCUCUAGGUGCUAGUGCGUCUGCUCCCACAGGUCCUGGUGAGGCUGCAGCCCUAGGUGCUUCUCGCUCCUUCUUUCGUGACCGCACUGUCCUUGAGCCACUCGCUCGGCCAGUUGCUGUCUCCCUUGCUGACCCCUCUGGGGGUCCGGCCAUUGCGACCUCCUCCACUGUCCUUCCUUGUCCGGCGGUCCCGUCCGGCACGCUGUCAGGUCUCUACCUCCCCUCGUUCUCUACGAACUUGGUGGCAGGUAGUGCGCUCCAGGACGGGGGUGUUCACCAGUUCACCCCUGCCUACGAGCGCGUGACACACUGCACGUGUGCUCGGACGGGUCGCCACCUGGCUACCUUCACUCGGGAGCCGGGGUCGGACCUUUACACACUGACCACUGAGUCCCCUCAGGUAGCUGCGUCCGCGUCUGCGUCUGCGUCAGGUCAGCUGUCCGCCCCCUGCUCGUGUCGCUCUCUGGCGCAUGAAACUGUUCUUUGGCACCACCGCCUUGGUCACCCGUCUGUGCAGCGCCUUCGGGCCAUGCACAAACGGGACCUUGUUGCUGGUCUUCCCAGGGUACUCCCUCCCCUUCCAGACUCGCCUGCUCCUCCCUGUAUUCCCUGUGUCGAGGGGCGGCAGCGCGCCGCUCCUCACUCCUCCUCCUUUCCCCCGACGACUGCUCCUUUGCAGACGCUCCACUUGGACGUGUGGGGCCCAGCCCGCGUCCGUGGCCAGGGUCAGGAGAGGUACUUCCUGAUUGUUGUUGACGACUUCUCGCGCUUCACCACGGUCUUCCCUUUGCGCGCCAAGGGUGACGUCCCUGAUGUAUUGAUCCCCUGGAUCCGCAGAUCUCGUCUCCAGCUCAGUGAGCGUUUCCGCUCCGACUUCCCUGUCCUGCGUCUGCACUCUGACAGAGGUGGGGAGUUUACCUCUGGCCUCUUGGAGGCCUUCUGUCAGCAGGAGGGCAUUGAGCAGUCGUACACGCUUCCGGCCUCUCCACAGCAGAAUGGGGUUGCUGAGCGCCGCAUUGGCUUGGUCAUGGAGGUCGCUCGUACCUCCUUGGUUCAUGCGGCUGCCCCCCACUUUCUGUGGCCGUUUGCAGUCCGAUACGCUGCGCAUCAGCUCAACCUCUGGCCCCGUGUCUCCUUGCCCGAGACUUCUCCGACACUGCGUUGGACGGGAGAGGCUGGCGAUGCGUCUCGUUUUCGGGUCUGGGGAUCCCGAGCUUUUGUCCGCGACACGUCCGCGGACAAGCUCUCCCGUCGCGCUGUCCCCUGCGUCUUCCUUGGCUUUGUCCCGGACGCCCCUGGUUGGCAGUUCUACCACCCCACCUCGCGGCGUGUCCUGGCCUCUCAGGACGUCACUUUUGACGAGUCCUUCCCCUACUACCACCUCUUCCCCUACCGCACUGCCCCGCUCCCCCCCCCGCCCCUCUUCCUCGCUCCAGGUGCUGAGGUACCAGACCCCCUCCCCCCUCAGGGUGCCGCUCCCUCAGGUGUGUCCCAGGUAGACCCGGGUGAGCCUGUCGAGGUAGCUAUUGACUCUCGUCCUGCUCGGGGUACUGAGCCUGGGGGUGCUGCGUCUGGGGGUGCUGAGCCUGGGGGUGCUAGGUCUGGGGGUGCUGAGCCUGGGAGUGCUGAGUCUGGGGGUGCGGAGCCUGGGGGUGCUGAGCCAGGAGGUGCGGAGCCUGGAGGUGCGGAGCCUGGAGGUGCUGAGCCUGGGGGUGCUGGGUCUGGGGUUGCUACGUCUGGGGGUGCUGAGCCUGAGCGUGCUACACCUGGAGGAGCCCUUUCCUCCCAGCAGCUGCAGGAGAGGUACCUCGAGUACUGCCGCCUCCGGAGAGGUGCUGCUGGAGCUCGUCCCGGUACUUCCCCUCCUACCCAGGAGCUCCCCCCCAUUCAGCAGAUCCGCGAGUGGUACACACGGCGCUGCAGUCUUCGGAGUGGUGCUCCUGGUGCUGCGGACCCUGGGGGUGGCGCUGCUGCUGGUGCUGAGGACCCGGACGUGGGAGCUGCUGCUGGUACUGCGGACCCGCCAGGUGGAGCUACUGCUGGUGCUGAGGACUCUGACGUUGGAGCUGCUGCUGGAGCUGAGGACCCGGGCGGUGGCGCUGCUGCUGGUGCUGAGGACCCGGACGGUGGAGCUGCUGCUGGUACUGAGGACUCGGACGGUGGAGCUGCUGCUGGAGCUGAGGCCCCGGGCGGUGGCGCUGCUGCUGCUGCUGAGGACCCGGGCGUUGGAGCUACUCCUGGUGCUGAGGACCCGGCCGGUGGAGCUGCUGCUGGUGCUGUGGACCCGGCCGCUGGAGUCUCCUCUGCUUCUGGAGAUGCUGCACGGCCGCGACCGUACUUCGUACCGCUCCUUCAGCAGGUUCUUGGGCAGGCUCCUCCUCCUUGUCCUCCUCCCUCCGUAGAGUGUCCUCCGCCUGUCCAGCCGCAGUCACAGUUACCGCCUACCUCGCCUCUCCCUGCUCCCUCUCCUUACACUGGUCCCACAGGAGGUCUUACCGAGCGUCGUGAGCCUGAGUCUCGUCCUGCGUCGCCUGUUCGUCCUGCUCGCACUGGUAGUCGUGUCCGUCGUGAGCGUCCUCCUCCUGUCCCAGGCACUCACUACAUGACUCUGCGUCCCUCUACUGCUCCUCGGCGUGUCCCUCUACCGUCUCCUCCUGCGUCCUCUUUGCCUCACGUUCCGGACCCUGAGUCUGACCGGUAUCGUGCUGAGCACCCUACUGUCACGCGUCUCCUUGCUACUGUUGUCACUGACCCUGCCUUUGAGUCCUCGGCUGCGUCUGCUCUGGUCGCUGAGUUGGUUGACUUUGCUGCUACCUGUCGUCUAGACUACGCUGCUAGCCUGGUUGCUGAGUCUGAGUCUGUCUGUCCUCCGUCCGUCGGGGGUGAGUGUGCUCUUGGCACGGACGUCCUUGAGGACAGACAGGAGGAGUUCCAGAGUCUUGCUGCUGCUUUGCCCCGUCUCGUGUCCUUGCUAGUUGCCCCUGAGGGAGACCCGGAUGCACCAGACAUCCCGACCCCCGCGCACUUACGCUGA